AGACCUGAUGUGGUCUUCCUCCACUUCAUGUUCAAACGUUCGCCUCAGAGCAUCGGUUAAAUUUGAAUGGGGCUUUGAAAUUGUAUUAAUUGGACACCUUUUUUUCUAUCAUUUCCAAAAUUAUCAAUAUAGUUAGAAAUGAUCAGAGUUCGUACAUGGUAAACUGAGGUUCAUCAAAAAUUUAAACGAUGAAGUAUCAGCAGGUCUCUGUCGAUUUCGUAAAUAUGGUAUUUACCGCCAUCACUUAUGUGGCUUUGGCGGGAGCUGUUUGGGUUUUUCUGCGACUACUGCAAGCAUGUUUUUCAUUACCGAAACAUUUGAAAAAGCAGAAUGAUAUCCAGCAAAUGCUGCAGGAUAAGGUCGACAGUUACGAAAAAUACAUCGAGGAGUGCGAAGUAAAAGAGCGAGAAGCUGCGGAAGCUGGAGAGAGUGUUGUAAAAGUUGAUGAAAAUGGUGAAGAGCGAGUAGAAACGGCAGUGAUCGACGAAGCCAAGUGGAAAGAACGCAGAGAGUGUUUAGAAAUGUUAAAAAAAGAGCUCCGAAGAGUCCGAGACGGUGGCGAACAAUUCGAUUGGGACUAUCUCCUCGAAGAAGACGAGAAAGAGGAUAAGAAAGGGGAGGAGGCAAAUGACAAGAGGGAUGAUGAAACAUUCAGCGACAUUGACGACGAAAAGUGCAAUUCUAAAUCGCGUCUCAACUCAAAACCAGCGGAGAAGGAGGAGAAGGACACUGGGACGGAAAAAAAUAUUGACGAGGAAAAGAAGGAUAAAUAAAAAUUAUCCAGUUUUGUACUUUAAAUCGCACUGUUUGUCAAUUGUACGCUAGGAAGAACCAUUAAUUGUUUUAUUAAUCCAACUUAAUCGAAGAGCGGUGAAGUCUUCAGAUCCCAUUCUGUUAAUUCUCGAACUAUCCCGUUGAGAGCAACCGGCAACCGGUCGCUGCAUUAGGUGUGUUAACCUGGGUCUUGAUCGUUCAUUAUUACGUGUCACCUCUACCAAAUUCAUCAGGAGAUAGAAAAUUUUCCAUUGUAAAGUAUCAAAUUUCGAUAUUCAACAUUCCCGUGAUUCAAUAUUGAAUAUAUAAUGCACAGAGUUUUAUAUAAUUUUAUAAAAAACCGGAAUUUUCACUCAUAAUUACUAUACGUUCGCAGGAAUCACAAAUACUCUGCAAACAAUCCCCGGAUAAUUAAAUUUUUUUGUAUUUGACUCAUCUUAAUUAAAUUAAAUUGGAAUACUCCCAAUGCUCACAGGGUCGAAGCGAUAAUUGUGACGAAUAUUUUAUCAAUUUAAAAGAUCGCCUGGAACACUGCGAACAUGACAGAUUUCGAUCGAAUGCGAAAUUCGAUUCUUCUCCAAAGCGAUAAAAAUAUAAUGCGAUGUGUAAGCAGCCUCAACGGAAUAUGUAUUUGCUAGUACAUGAGCCGAAACUCAGCUAAUACAUAUUCCGCUAGCACUGUGUAAGAUUCUGUGGACUAUAUUGUGGACAUAUGUAUUUUUUUAAAGCUUAAAUGUGUAUUCAUUGUUAUCUGAAUGAAAUAUCGCUCGUGCGAUUGAUCUACAUGAAAA